UGCCGAUCCAUCUCGUCCUCCUUGUGCAUCACUCCCUCCUCAUUCUCCCUCUGUUUGGUCCGCCGCACCCCGCCGUCUCCCCCGACGAACGCCCCGCUCGCAGUUGCCGACUACACGCACUCCUUACGGCCCAUACGCUCACUCUACGCCCUGCCUGUUAGUGUCCCACAACUGAAAACAAGAACUGUUCUCGAAUUUCCGACAGUAUAUAACUAGUAACCCAUUUUCCUGCCCGUCAUCCCACCCAAGAACGACGCCAUGCUUCCCGACAUUCUCUUCAUCUCUCCCACCAUUAUCUCUGGCGCAGAAGACGCCAUCCCCUACCCCGCCGAUGUCCUUAUUUCUUCUGAUACCGGCCUCAUCGCCACCAUCGCCCCGCCAUUCACCCUCUCGUGCCAGCUCUUAUUCGAGAGGUCGAAGGCGCGCGAGAGGGGUGAUAAAGUGCAAGAGGUGAAGGAGAUUCAAGCCGAGGGGCUGGUGCUUUGCCCGGGAUUUAUUGAUUUGCAUGCGCAUUCAGAUCUGUAUGUGUUGACGCAUCCGGAUCAUGAAGCGAAGGUCUCUCAGGGAUGUACUACCGAAGUCCUAGGCCAAGACGGCAUUUCCUACUCUCCCAUAUCCUCUCCCUCACAACUGACCGCCAUCCGCUCCCAAAUCGCUGCUUGGAACGGCAACCCCAACCCUGCAGACUACCCAGAGGUGAAGGGUUUGUUUGAGUGGAAGAGCACAAGAGACUAUUUGGAUUGUUUGGAGAGAAAUGGGGUGAGCGUCAACGUCUGUACGCUUGUGCCGCAGGGCAAUUUGAGGUUACUAGCCUGCGGACCAUGGGACAAGAUCGCCACGGCUGACGAGAUCGAGCAACAAGGCCAGCUGCUACGCAAAUCCAUGCGCGAAGGUGCCGUCGGCAUGUCUUCCGGCCUGACAUACACCCCGGGGAUGUACGCCUCCACCUCCGAGCUCUCCACCUUAUGCACUAUCCUCGCCCAAGAAUUCCCCGGAAGCUUCUAUGCGCCGCAUCAUAGGAGCUACGGGUACAAGGCGUUGGAGAGCUAUGGCGAGAUGUUGGGUUUGGCAAAGGAUACGGGGUGUGCUGUUCAUUUAACACACGCAACUUUAAACUUUCCCGAAAACACCUCCAAAGCCCCGCUCCUUCUCUCUCUCAUCGAUUCCCACCGUUCCCUCGGGUGCGACAUUACCCUGGACACAUACCCUUACCUUCCCGGGUGCACCACUCUUUCUUCUCUGCUUCCUUCCUGGGCGUCUGCGGGCGGGCCGGAGGAGACGAUGAGGAGGUUGAAGGAUGAAUUUUGUAGGGAGAAGAUUAGGAGGCAGGUGGAGAUUGAGGGGUGUGAUGGGGGCCAUGGAAUCCCUACGGAUUGGGGAGUUAUUGCCAUCGGAUCCACCUCCAACCCUGCCCUAUCCCACCUCAACGGCCGGCUCAUCUCCGAAAUCGCCCGCUCCUCCUCCCUUCCGCCCAUCGCCGUUUUCUUCGACAUUCUGUUGCAAGACAAGCUGGGCACGAGCUGCGUGAUGCAUAUAGGCAAUGAAGAGAAUGUGCGGAUGAUUAUGGGGCAUGAGACGCAUUGUGCGGGGUCGGAUGCGAUCUUGCAUGGGGAGGGGUUACAUCCCAGGGCAUAUGGCACAUUCCCGCGCUUCCUAGGACACUACUCUCGCGACCUCAGCCUCAUACCCUUACCCAACAUGAUCGCCCACCUGACCUCCCGUCCCGCCAAACGUCUCUCCCUCUUCCCCCUCCGCGGUCUGAUUGCCCCCGGCUCAUUCGCCGACAUUGUCGUCUUUGACCCAAAGACGAUCAAGGAUAAGAGUACGUUUGAAAAGCCGAAAGAGAGGGCAGAGGGAAUCAAGUGGGUUUUGGUGGGGGGCAAGGUGGUGGUAGGGGAUGGGGAGGUUUUGAAGGGUGUUAGGGGAGGGAAGGUGUUGAGGAGGAGAGAGAGCGGGAAGGUUUGGUGAGGUGCUCUCUUUCUUGGUUGUUGCUUUUGCUUUUCUGGACGUUCCCGCUUUUCUUCUACUUUUUGCUUGCUCUGAUAUAUAUAAAGGACUUGGUUACAUAGUAAAGCCCAUACUACAUAUCUCAUAUCUAGGCCUCAAGUAAUAUCCCACUAGUAGCUAUGUGGUUUCGUAGACUCAAAAUGUAUCAAAGAAGG